AUGGCAAACCACAAAAGUGGAAAAGUCUUUGCCACCUUUGAUCUAGCAAUCACUGCACAGCAAUCUGAUGCUAAUGUGAAAGUGAACAUCCAGUCAAUCCAGUUCUCCUCCACGGUGAAGGUCAGCAAAUUGUCCACAAAACAAGUCUCUCUGCCAGACGCUGUUGAGAUGCGGGAUUCUGGCCUCUCCACCAAAACAGUGCAGAUCACAUCUGAUGCUGACAUCUCAGUGGUAGCUUUCAAUGAUAAACUUGUGAGUGGAGACAGCAGCAUUGUGUUACCUACCACUGACCUGGACACUGAGUAUGUAGUGUUUACACCUAACACAGGACCUGCAGAAAUGGACAAAGUUGUGGCAAUCAUCAAUGGCAAAGAUGCUAAUACGAUAGAGAUUGUCCCAUAUAAAAACGUGCAGGUUAAGGGGUUUGAUUUCUGGCAGGGUGGGAGCAAAGUAACCAUAACCCUGGCACCAUUCGAAACUUACCAGUGCAGAAGUCGUUUUACCUUCACUGGAACCCGAAUCAAAGCCAAGCAUCCUGUGGCUGUCCUGGCUGGACAUCAGUGCUCUAGUCGUGAAGGUCCCUGCAGUCAUGUAUAUGAGCAGUUAGUUCCAGUGCAAAGGUUUGCCACAGAGUUCCUUGUGCCUAUGAUGCAUGACUCUCAAGACUUAGCAUAUGUAGUAGCAAAUGAAGACAGCACCAAGGUAAACAUUGCUUUUGGGGAGAAAAUGGAGACAAGAAAACUUAUGGCUGGACAAGCUUGGGAAGUGUGUCUCAGAGGAAACAGCCCCUUGUACAUCAACACUGACAGGAAGGUCAUGGUAAUGUACUACAGCAGUGGCCAUCCAUUCAGUGCCUUCCUCACAAGUAUCAUCCCUUCAUCGGAACUGGCAAACCAGUGGUCACUGGACACACUGGCUUCAUUUGAAAACACAGCAGUUAUUGUCUGUGAAGCAAAUGGAGCUGGAAGUAUCAAAAUCAGCAACACAAUGAUCCUAGGCUUGGUCCCACUUCCACCUCCUGAUCCUUGUGAGAAAGUUAAAUGCAGGGAAAAGGAAGAAUGCCGUGAAGGUGUUUGCGUACAUACCUCCAAAGAGACGUGUACAGCCUUAGGUGACCCCCAUUACAAAACCUUCGAUGGGAAGCGAUUUGACUUCCAGGGAACCUGCACUUAUAUAAUUGCCACUACCAUAGACAGUGCAUCUGGCCUCACACCCUUUACUAUUCUGACUAAGAAUGACCACAGAGGGAACCAAAGAGUGGCUUACGUCAGGACUGUCACAGUAACAGUCUAUGGCCAGACUGUUAUUAUCAGCAAGGCGAGAGGAAUAGUUCAGGUGAAUGGCCAGAACAGGUAUUUGCCAGUGACCCUUGCUGAUGGAAAGCUGCGUGUCAUGUGGAGUGGUUGGUAUGCUGUCCUGAUGACUGAUUUUGGUUUAGAGGUGAAGUAUGACUGGGACAUGAAACUUUACAUCACAGCUCCCAGCAGCUACUUUCGAUCCUUGGGUGGGCUCUGUGGAAACUACAAUGGUGAUCGUCAGGAUGACUUCACUGACCCCAAGGGCACCAAAAUCUCUACAGUCAUUGAGUUUGCCAAAAGCUGGAAAGUUAAGGACGGAGAUCUCUUUUGCCAUGAUGACUGUGUGGGAGAAUGCCCCAGUUGCUCUGAAACGCUCCAGGAAAAGUACAGGAGUGAGACCUUUUGUGGCCUCAUGGCUAAGAAUGAUGGACCAUUUUCCAGCUGUCAUGGAACCAUUGAACCAAACAUGUAUAUUGAUAACUGCGUCUAUGAUGUGUGCAUCAACAAAGGAUACAAAAAGUCACUCUGUGACAACAUGGAGAGUUAUGCAAAUUUCUGCCAAGAGAAAGGAAUGAAACUGGACAUAAGCUGGAGGACACUGGCUGAUUGUCCAACUGAGUGCCCUGAAAACAGUCACUAUGAGCCAUGUGGAACAGCCUGCCCUGCAUCCUGUGGUGACUUGGAUGCUCCGACAAAGUGCAAAAUGGCUUGUGUGGAGGGAUGCCAGUGCAACACAGGCUUUGCUCGCAGUGGAGACAAGUGUGUGCCUCUCAAGAGCUGUGGCUGCACGUAUGAGGGCCAGUACUACCCAUCUGGAAAGGAGUUCUGGGCAGACAGCAAAUGCACUCAGCAGUGUAAAUGUAAUCCCGCAAGUGCAAAGGUUGAAUGUUCUAAAGUAAAGUGCAAGAAUUCUCAAGUGUGCGACUUGCGUAAUGGUGUAAGGGACUGCUACCCUGUAUCCUUUGGCACCUGCCAAGGGUCAGGAGACCCCCACUACCGCACAUUUGACGGCAAGAAAUUUGACUUCCAAGGCACGUGCACUUACUACCUGUCCAAACUGGUGAACACAGCUGACCCGUCCCUCGUGCCCUUUGAAGUGCGUGUCCAAAAUCAGAAUCGAGGUAGGAAUAGAGCUGUGUCGUACACCAAGACGGUUGAGAUCACAGUGUAUGGAAGCACAGUUGUGCUGAGUAAAGAAAACCCUGGAAAAGUAUUGCUGAACAACCAAUAUGUGAGCCUUCCUUUCAACUUGGAAGGUGGGAAACUGUCAGUCUUUCGCAGUGGAUUCUUUGGAGUGGUCAAGACUGACUUUGGUCUGAUGCUGAAAUUCAACUGGGACAGCCAUGUUGCCCUGACCCUACCCAGUUCAUACUCUGGCGAGAUUGGAGGACUCUGUGGCAACUGGAAUGGUCUGGCAGAUGAUGACAUGAUGACACCUGACAAGAGCCUUGCCAAAACACCAACUGCUUUUGGAAUCAGCUGGAAAGUGCGAGACGACCCAGGAUGCUCCAGCGACUGUAAUGACAAUAAGUGUCCCACCUGUCAGCCAGACCUUAUGGACCGAUACCAGAAGAGGGAGUUCUGCGGAAUAAUCACAGACCGGAAUGGGCCAUUUAAGGACUGUCACAGCAAGGUUGACCCCAAGCAGUACUUUGAUGACUGUGCAUAUGACAUGUGCCUAUACCAAGGCCAUGCCACUGCCCUCUGUGCCGCCCUCGGUGCUUACACAUCAGCAUGCCAAGAAGCUUCUGCUUCUGUAGAUGUGUGGAGGUCUGAUAGCCUUUGCCCACCCUCUUGCAAAGCUAACAGCCAUUAUGAAGUGUGUGCAACAGGAUGCCCCCAAACCUGCAGUGAUCUCACAGAGUCUUCUGGCUGUGAGGGCUUACCCUGUACAGAGGGCUGUGUGUGUGACGACGGCUUCCUGCUGAGCGACGGCGAGUGUGUGCCUGUGGCAGAGUGUGGGUGCGUGCACUUUGGGCUCUCCUACAAGGCCGGACAGGUGUUCUUCCCAGAGGGCCUCUGCAAGCAGCGCUGUGUGUGCCAGGCCGGGGGAAGAGUGCAGUGUGAUGCCUACAGCUGUGGUCCCAGUGAGAAGUGCCAAGUGAAGGACGGGGUGCAGGCUUGUCAUCCAGAUGGCACAGGCACAUGCACUGUGUUCGGAGCUUCCCAGUACCGUUCCUUUGACAGCCAAUCCUUCAGCCUGAGUGGAGACUGCAUGUACAAAAUGGUGGAAGUCAUCCAUUCUCAUGAAAAGAAAACUAAUUUUAGUGUGUUGGUGCAGCAGAAAUCUGCUGGAGGUGAUACCAUGGUGACAUGGACUGUUCAGAUUGAAGCUUACGGGUACAUGAUAGUUAUCUUUCCUGGAACCAGCUGGAAAAUAAUGGUAGGUGAAAUCAAAAUGAACCUGCCGCUGACUCUGGAAAAUGGAAAAGUGAAGGCGUAUCAGAAUGGAUUUAACGUUAUUGUUGAGAUGGAUUUUGGGUUGAAAGUGAGCUACGAUGGAUUCUCUGGAGUCAGAAUUGAAAUACCUUCCACUUACAAAGGUGCUGUAGGAGGUCUCUGUGGGAACUUCAACGAUGACAAAGCUGACGACUUCAUGUUGCCCAGCGGAGUCCAGGCCGUGUCAGCAGAGAAGUUUGCGGAGGAGUGGGUGAACACUCAGGAAGGACGAACCUGUCACACUGGCUGUGGUUCACAAUGUCCACCAACUGAUGAGAAGAAAAGACCAGAGGCUGAGAAGGCUUGUAGCAUUCUGACCUCUAAAGAUGGACCAGUCUCACAGUGCCACUCACUUUUUCCACCUCAGCAACAUUUUCAAGAGUGUGUCCAGGAUUUAAUAACAGACCCAAAAAAUGCAAAUAUGCUGUGCCAGCACAUUCAGAAGUAUGUGGCACUGUGCCAGUCAGCUGGAAUCACCGUCAAAAGCUGGAGAACUGAGACAUUCUGCUCUGUGAGGUGUCCAGCAAACAGCCAUUAUGAGCUAUGUGCCGACACCUGCUCUUCCACCUGUGCCUCCUUGAGUGUGUCCAGCAAGUGCCCCAAGUGUCAGGAGGGAUGCCAGUGUGACGACGGUUUUGUGUUCGAUGGAGACAUGUGUGUUCCACUGCAGGACUGUGGCUGCUUUGUGGAUGGACACUAUUAUAAGAGAACAGAAUGCAAACCUUCUGAGUUGUGCACAAUCCAGGAUGGUGCCAUGGGUUGCCAUCUGUCAGACCCUUGUGAAAAAGUCAAAUGCAGAGAAAAGGAAAAAUGCCAUGAAGGUGUUUGUGUACAUACUUCCAAAGAGACGUGUACGGCCUUAGGUGACCCACAUUACAACACCUUUGAUGGGAAGCGAUUUGACUUCCAAGGAACCUGCACUUACAUUAUUGCCACAACCGUAAACAAUACCUCUGGCCUCACACCCUUUGCUAUUCUGACCAAGAAUGACCACAGAGGGAACCAAAGAGUGGCUUAUGUCAGGACUGUCACAGUAAUGGUUUACAAUCAGACUAUUGUGAUUAACAAGGAGAGGGGUACAGUUCAGGUGAAUGGCCUGAAAACCUUCUUGCCAGUGACCCUUGCUGAUGGAAAGCUGCGUGUCAUGUGGAGUGGUUGGUAUGCUGUCCUGAUGACUGAUUUUGGUUUAGAGGUGAAGUAUGACUGGGACAUGAAACUUUACAUCACAGCUCCCAGCAGCUACUUUCGAUCCUUGGGUGGGCUCUGUGGAAACUACAAUGGUGAUCGUCAGGAUGACUUCACUGACCUCAAGGGCACCAAAAUCUCUACAGUCAUUGAGUUUGCCAAAAGCUGGAAAGUUAAGGACGGAGAUCUCUUUUGCCAUGAUGACUGUGUGGGAGAAUGCCCCAGUUGCUCUGAAACGCUCCAGGAAAAGUACAGGAGUGAGAUCUUUUGUGGCCUCAUGGCUAAGAAUGAUGGCCCAUUUUCCAGCUGUCAUGGAACCAUUGAACCAAACAUGUAUAUUGAUAACUGUGUCUAUGAUGUGUGCAUCAACAAAGGAUACAAAAAGUCACUCUGUGACAACAUGGAGAGUUAUGCAAAUUUCUGCCAAGAAAAAGGAAUGAAACUGGACAUAAGCUGGAGGACACUGGCUGAUUGUCCAACUGAGUGCCCUGAAAACAGUCACUAUGAGCCAUGUGGAACAGCCUGCCCUGCAUCCUGUGGUGACUUGGAUGCUCCGACAAAGUGCAAAAUGGCUUGUGUGGAGGGAUGCCAGUGCAACACAGGCUUUGCUCGCAGUGGAGACAAGUGUGUGCCUCUCAAGAGCUGUGGCUGCACGUAUGAGGGCCAGUACUACCCAUCUGGAAAGGAGUUCUGGGCAGACAGCAAAUGCACUCAGCAGUGUAAAUGUAAUCCCGCAAGUGCAAAGGUUGAAUGUUCUAAAGUAAAGUGCAAGAAUUCUCAAGUGUGCGACUUGCGUAAUGGUGUAAGGGACUGCUACCCUGUAUCCUUUGGCACCUGCCAAGGGUCAGGAGACCCCCACUACCGCACAUUUGACGGCAAGAAAUUUGACUUCCAAGGCACGUGCACUUACUACCUGUCCAAACUGGUGAACACAGCUGACCCGUCCCUCGUGCCCUUUGAAGUGCGUGUCCAAAAUCAGAAUCGAGGUAGGAAUAGAGCUGUGUCGUACACCAAGACGGUUGAGAUCACAGUGUAUGGAAGCACAGUUGUGCUGAGUAAAGAAAACCCUGGAAAAGUAUUGCUGAACAACCAAUAUGUGAGCCUUCCUUUCAACUUGGAAGGUGGGAAACUGUCAGUCUUUCGCAGUGGAUUCUUUGGAGUGGUCAAGACUGACUUUGGUCUGAUGCUGAAAUUCAACUGGGACAGCCAUGUUGCCCUGACCCUACCCAGUUCAUACUCUGGCGAGAUUGGAGGACUCUGUGGCAACUGGAAUGGUCUGGCAGAUGAUGACAUGAUGACACCUGACAAGAGCCUUGCCAAAACACCAACUGCUUUUGGAAUCAGCUGGAAAGUGCGAGACGACCCAGGAUGCUCCAGCGACUGUAAUGACAAUAAGUGUCCCACCUGUCAGCCAGACCUUAUGGACCGAUACCAGAAGAGGGAGUUCUGCGGAAUAAUCACAGACCGGAAUGGGCCAUUUAAGGACUGUCACAGCAAGGUUGACCCCAAGCAGUACUUUGAUGACUGUGCAUAUGACAUGUGCCUAUACCAAGGCCAUGCCACUGCCCUCUGUGCCGCCCUCGGUGCUUACACAUCAGCAUGCCAAGAAGCUUCUGCUUCUGUAGAUGUGUGGAGGUCUGAUAGCCUUUGCCCACCCUCUUGCAAAGCUAACAGCCAUUAUGAAGUGUGUGCAACAGGAUGCCCCCAAACCUGCAGUGAUCUCACAGAGUCUUCUGGCUGUGAGGGCUUACCCUGUACAGAGGGCUGUGCGUGUGACGACGGCUUCCUGCUGAGCGACGGCGAGUGUGUGCCUGUGGCAGAGUGUGGGUGCGUGCACUUUGGGCGCUCCUACAAGGCCGGACAGGUGUUCUUCCCAGAGGUCCUGUGCGAGCAGCGCUGUGUGUGCCAGGCUGGGGGAAGAGUGCAGUGUAAUGCCUACGGCUGUGGUCCCAAUGAGAAGUGCCAAGUAAAGGACGGGGUGCAGGCUUGUCAUCCAGAUGGCACAGGCACAUGCACUGUGUUCGGAGCUUCCCAGUACCGUUCCUUUGACAGCCAAUCCUUCAGCCUGAGUGGAGACUGCAUGUACAAAAUGGUGGAAGUCAUCCGUUCGCUUGAAGAGAAAACUACUUUUAGUGUGUUGGUGCAGCAGAAAUCUGCUGGAGGUGAUACGAUGGUCACACGGACUGUUGAGAUUCGGGUCUAUGAAUACAAGUUGGCUAUCUUACCCAGGGCCAGUUGGUGCAUAAUGGUAGGUGAAGUCAAAAUGAACCUGCCGCUGACUCUGGAAAAUGGAAAAGUGAAGGCGUAUCAAAAUGGAUUUAACGUUAUUGUUGAGAUGGAUUUUGGGUUGAAAGUGAGCUACGAUGGAUUCUCUGGAGUCAGAAUUGAAAUACCUUCCACUUACAAAGGUGCUGUAGGAGGUCUCUGUGGGAACUUCAACGAUGACAAAGCUGACGACUUCAUGUUGCCCAGCGGAGUCCAGGCCGUGUCAGCAGAGAAGUUUGCAGAGGAGUGGGUGAACACUCAGGAAGGACGAACCUGUCACACUGGCUGUGGUUCACAAUGUCCACCAACUGAUGAGAAGAAAAGACCAGAGGCUGAGAAGGCUUGUAGCAUUCUGACCUCUAAAGAUGGACCAGUCUCACAGUGCCACUCACUUUUUCCACCUCAGCAACAUUUUCAAGAGUGUGUCCAGGAUUUAAUAACAGACCCAAAAAAUGCAAAUAUGCUGUGCCAGCACAUUCAGAAGUAUGUGGCACUGUGCCAGUCAGCUGGAAUCACCGUCAAAAGCUGGAGAACUGAGACAUUCUGCUCUGUGAGGUGUCCAGCAAACAGCCAUUAUGAGCUAUGUGCCGACACCUGCUCUUCCACCUGUGCCUCCUUGAGUGUGUCCAGCAAGUGCCCCAAGUGUCAGGAGGGAUGCCAGUGUGACGACGGUUUUGUGUUCGAUGGAGACGUGUGUGUUCCACUGCAGGACUGUGGCUGCUUUGUGGAUGGACACUAUUAUAAGUCAGGACAGACCGUGAUGUGGAAUAAUUGCAAUGAAACCUGCAGUUGUAAAACAGGGCUGCUCACCUGCAAACAAACACAGUGCAAGCAGCCUGAGGUUUGCAGAGUCAGGAGAGGUGUCAUGGGCUGCUACACUACAGACCCAUGCAUGGAACUCACAUGUCGCGAGAAAGAAGAUUGUAUUUUAAAAGGUGACACUGGUACUGCUAUCUGUGUACCACGGUCCAAAACCUCCUGCUGGGCCAUUGGUGACCCCCACUACCAGACAUUCGAUGGCACCAUCUUUGGAUUCCAGGGAACCUGCUCCUACACUGUGGCUAAGACAAAUGGUAAAGAUGACAGCCUUACAGCUUUCAGUAUCGUGAACAAGAACGAGAUCCGUGGAAAUUCUGAUGGUUCCUUUCUGAAGUCAGCCAGCAUAAAAGUCAAAGGUCAUGAGAUUUCCAUUCUAAACCAUGAACGUGGAAAAGUGAGGAUUGAUGGAGUUAUCUCAAAUAUCCCUCUAAGUCUGGAAUCUGACAGCAUCAAGUUCAGACAGUCAGGUAUAAGGGGAAUCAUGGAGACAGACUUUGGUUUUCAGGUUACAUUUGACUGGUCCACGCUCUUCAUGGUGACAGUGACAAGCAGCUACUAUGACAACCUAGCAGGAAUUUGUGGAACAUACAAUGCAAAUCAAACUGAUGACUUCACUACUCCCAGUGGUGUUGUUGUGACAAACAUCACAGAAUGGGCCCAGUCCUGGAGUGUGCCUGAUCGUGAUCCCUUCUGCUGGCACUACUGCAAAGGAUACUGCCCCACCUGUUCUGAUGAGGAUCAGGAAUUGUACAGCAGUACAAAAUACUGUGGUUUGAUUGAAAGCAAGGAAGGCCCUUUCAGCCAAUGUCACAACACUUUGGCACCAGAAGAAAGUGCUUCUAACUGUCUUUAUGACGUGUGUCUCAAUAAAGGCAGACAGGAAGUGUAUUGUGCAGCAUUAACUAACUAUGUGGCAGCCUGUCAGAAGGUUGGAGGCACAGUGUCACCUGAAUGGAGACAAAUUUCCAAUUGUCCCCUGAUCUGUCCAGAGAACAGCCACUAUGAACUUUGUGGCAGCCCUUGUCCAGCUACUUGUGCAGGACCAAUAGCCCCCGAAACUUGUCCCUUCCCCUGCGUAGAAGGCUGCCAGUGUAAUGACAGUUUUGUACUCAGUGGAGAAAAGUGUGUGUCAAGAAUAGAAGGAUGUGGAUGUCCACAUGAGGGCCACUACUAUAUGCCUGAUGAAACCUUUUGGGCAGACAAUAGGUGCCAAAGUAAGUGCACCUGUGACAGUACUACACGAAUAGUUGUGUGCAAGAAGAGCGGUUGCAAAUCCAAUGAAGCAUGCAAGGUGGUUGAUGGCAUCCGGGCCUGCUACCCAGUGAGCUUUAAGACCUGCACAGCACAAGGAGACCCACACUUCCAAAGCUUUGACGGAAAGCGCUUUGACUUCCAGGGAAAUUGUGUUUACAAGCUGGCUGGAGUUUGUUCCAAGGAUCCCAAUCUGGAAAGUUUCGACAUUACCCUUGAGAACAAUAAUAGGGGCAACAGACGAGUGUCUUUUGCAAAGGUGGUGACAGUCAAAACAGCAGGCAAUACCUUUACCAUCAGUCGGGACAUCCCUGGUAAAGUAUUGGUAAAUGACAUCAUUACUUCACUGCCAUAUUACUUUAAUGUUACUGCAGUGCAGAUCUAUAGGAGUGGCAGACUAGCUGUCCUGGAUACUAACUUUGGUCUUAGUGUCACCUUUGACUGGAGCAGCAUAGUACGUGUCAAGGUCCCCAGCACUUACCAAAAUGCCAUGUGUGGCCUAUGUGGCAAUUACAAUGACAACGCAGAUGAUGACCUAGUUCUUCCCAGCGGAGAAAAGGCAAAGGACCCCAAUGAGUUUGGCAACAAUCAUUUGGUUAGCAGAGUUCCUGGAUGCUCGCACAUCUGUGAAGACUGUGCUCUGCCGACACUUUCUGCUGGGCAAGCAAACCAAACAUACACACGGGACUGUGAUAUAAUUAUUGACAAAGAGGGUCCAUUGAGGGGUUGCAUGGGUAAAGUGGAUUCAGUUCUGUAUCAUGAAAACUGUGUUUACGACGUUGUGCUAAAUCAAGGGCUACAAAAGGCAGCAUGUGAUUCCAUUACUGCAUAUGUUGAAGAAUGUCAAGAGGUGGGAGGAAAAAUCGAAGCAUGGCGUAAAGAAGACUUCUGUGCUUUCCUUUGUGCGAAGAAUAGUGUGUACAGUAUUACUGCCCCUGGUUGUCCAGCCACAUGCUACAGUAUGACCAGCCCAGAUACUUGCAGGACUGGUGUCAAAGAAGGUUGUAUUUGCAUCCCAGGAUUCUUGCUGAGCAAUGACCAGUGUGUGUCUAUUGAAGACUGUGGUUGCCACCAUGAGGGCCAAUACUAUAAAUCAAAGGAAGUUUUCUACCCCGAUGGAGAAUGCCGUAAUCGAUGCAUUUGCAACUCUGGCACUGUAGCCUGUGAAGAAACUACCUGUGGCCCCCAAGAGGUCUGCAAGGUGGUUGAUGGUGUCCGGGGCUGCCAUCCUAAGGGCUAUGCCAAAUGUAUUAUUUUUAACUCCCAUUAUCUUACCUUUGAUCAACAAAGCUAUGAUUUCCAUGGUGCCUGUGGAUAUACUCUGGUGCAGGUUUCUGACAGUUACAACCAUCUGGAGCUGAAGUGGUUUACAGUUACAACGACCAUGGAAUAUGAUGAGAUUGCCUACCAUUUGGAGUCUGUUCAAGUUGAGGUUUUAGGGCUCUUGUUGAUCAUAGAGGCAAAUUUACCCUGGGAAAUACAAGUAAAUGGAACCCGGAGAAAUCUACCAGUGUCUCUGAAUGAUGGACAGCUGAAAGUUUCUCAGAUAGGUCGAGGAAUAGUAGUAAAAACUAACUUUGGCUUCAGGGUAGCCUAUGACCUCCAAAGCACAGUGAUCAUUACAAUACCAUCCACGUACAGUGGCAAUGUCGCUGGACUCUGUGGUAACUACAAUGGACAAAAAGAAGAUGACUUCACGCUCCCGUCAAAACGCCUCACAAAUGACAUCAGUACAUUUGGGGAAGCCUGGCAAAUAGAAAAAGAUGAAUUCUGUAGGAAUAUCUGUCCAAAAGAAGGUUGUGCCAAACCCGACAAUAACAUAAGACAAGAGCUGGCAGGUCAACAGAAAUGUGGCUUUAUCACUGACAUUAACGGCCCAUUGGCUGCUUGCCAUUCUGUUUUGGCCUCUGGUAUAUUCUUUGAGAACUGCAUUUACAACAGCUUUAUAGCUGGAGGAAAGAUGGAAUCUGUGUGUCUUGGAAUAGAGGCUUAUGUGUCUGCCUGCCAAGAGGCUGGAGUGUCUCUAAAAGCCUGGCGAAGCAAAACUUUUUGUCAGGGCUGUGAAUGUGACGAUGGAUUUCUAGCCAACGGAAACGAAUGUGUGAAAUUACAGAAUUGUGGCUGCAACUUGGACGGAAUUCUCAGCAUCUUCUCCUCGACCUUCAUGUCUUGCCUUGUUCUCAAGUUCCUGGUUCCUGACCCUCACCUGCUCUCUUGA